AUUAUCUAUAAACUUAGAAGCAGGAACUCUUAUUCUCAUUCUACAAGGGAAAUUAUUUGAGUCGAUUCAAGACAUGAGAUAUGGCUGCAGCUUUAUCUUGUUCAUAUGAGGCUAUGAAGGGUGAAUUACAACCUUUUCAUAUUGGGAAGGUCAAUACUAACAACUCCAUAUUUUCAUUCAUCGGUGUACUGCAGAAGCAAUCUUGGAAGACAGUUUUGUUCCUAGCUUAUCAAAGCCUUGGUGUUGUCUAUGGUGAUUUGAGUAUCUCUCCUCUAUAUGUUUACAAGAGCACUUUUGCAGAAGAUAUUCAACACUCACAGUCCAAUGAAGAGAUUUUUGGUGUUUUGUCCUUUGUCUUUUGGACCUUGACUUUGGUCCCAUUGUUCAAGUAUGUCUUUAUAGUUCUAAGAGCUGAUGACAAUGGUGAAGGUGGGACUUUUGCCCUAUAUACUUUAUUGUGCAGACAUGCAAAUGUUAGUCUUUUGCCAAACCGUCAGAUUGUUGAUGAGGAAGUCUCCACAUACAAAUUGGAAUAUCCUCUUGAGACAAAGAAUUCAUCAAGGGUAAAAAGGAUUCUUGAAAAGCACAAAAAUUUGCACACCGCAUUGCUGAUGAUGGUUCUCCUUGGUACUUGCAUGAUAAUUGGAGAUGGCAUACUAACCCCAGCACUUUCAGUUUUCUCUGCAGUAUCUGGGCUUGAACUUGCCACAACGAAAGACCACCGUGAACAUGAUGUUGUUCUUAUCACGUGUGUUAUAUUGGUUUGUCUAUUUGCCUUGCAACAUUAUGGCACACAUAGGCUGGGUAUGCUCUUUGCUCCAAUUAUUGUGACUUGGCUGGUGUGCAUUAGUGCACUUGGUCUGUACAACGUUAUUCACUGGAACCCGCAAGUUUAUCAAGCACUUUCACCAUACUAUAUGUACAAUUUUUUAAGAAAAACAAGAAAGGCAGGAUGGAUGUCACUGGGAGGUAUUCUAUUGUGUGUGACAGGUUCAGAGGCAAUGUUUGCAGAUCUGGGACACUUCUCACAAUUAGCCAUCAAGAUUGCUUUCACUUCUAUAGUUUAUCCUGCUCUAAUCUUAGCAUAUAUGGGUCAAGCUGCCUAUCUUUCAAAACACCAUCAUAUAGAAAAUAGCUAUCAGAUUGGAUUCUAUGUAUAUGUGCCAGAACCUCUACGGUGGCCAGUUCUAGUAAUUGCGGUACUUGCAUCUGUGGUUGGAAGUCAGGCUAUCAUCAGUGGGACAUUUUCCAUUAUCAAUCAGAGCUUGGCCCUAGGUUGCUUUCCUAGGGUGAAAGUAGUGCAUACCUCUAAGAAAAUACACGGACAAAUAUACAUUCCAGAAAUCAACUGGAUUUUAAUGAUUCUUUGUCUUGCUGUUACUGUUGGUUUCCGAGAUACGAAACACAUGGGAAAUGCAUCAGGGCUAGCUGUCAUCACAGUUAUGCUGGUUACCACCUUUCUUACAUCAUUGGUAAUUAUUUUAUGUUGGCACAAAAAUGUUCUGUUAGCACUCUGCUUUCUACUUUUCUUUGGAUCUAUUGAAGCCUUCUACUUCUCUGCAUCCCUUAUUAAGUUUCUGGAAGGAGCUUGGGUGCCUAUUUGUCUAGCUUUCAUAUUCAUGACAAUCAUGUAUGUGUGGCAUUAUGGCACAAUAAAGAAGUAUGAGUUUGACCUGCUAAACAAGGUGUCCAUAAAAUGGCUGCUUGGACUUGUUCCUAGUUUGGGGAUUGCACGUGUUCCUGGUAUUGGACUUGUAUAUACAGAACUUGUCACUGGGAUACCUGCAAAUUUUACACACUUUGUGACAAAUCUUCCAGCAUUUCACAAGGUGCUUGUCUUUAUAUGCAUUAAAUCAGUACCAGUACCAUAUGUGCCACCAGAGGAACGUUUUCUUAUUGGACGCGUAGGACCCAAAGAAUAUAGAUUAUACAGAUGCAUCGUCAGAUAUGGUUAUAGGGAUGCCCACAAAGUUGAUGAUCAGUUUGAGGAUCAGCUUAUCUUCAAGCUUGGGGAGUUUAUAAUAUCGGAAGAAAGAAAUUCUUGCUCGAGUGGCAAUUACUCUGCAGAUGAGAAAAUGGUUGUGAUCGGUACUCCUCUCGUGCAGUCUGGAAUGGAGAAGAGUCUGAGCUAUGAAACACAAGAGAGCAUACACUCUACAAGUGUAUCUUAUGUUAGGUCACCUUCACCCACCAUUCAGAGCAUACAAGACAUUGUAGAAAUUGAUUCUCUCCAUUUAGCACGGAGAAAAAAGGUGCGAUUCAUGCUUCCUAACUAUCCUGACAUUAACUCUGAUGUGAGGGAUGAGCUGCAAGAGCUUCAUGAGGCAACAGAAGCUGGAGCUGCCUUUAUAUUGGGGCACUCUUAUAUGAAAGCAAAGAGAGAUUCAUCUUUUCUAAAAAGGCUAGCUAUUGAUGUGGUAUACAACUUUUUGAGAAAGAACUGCAGGGAUCCUUCUGUGACAUUGGGCAUUCCUCAUAUCUCUCUUUUACAAGUUGGUAUGGUUUACCUAGUUUGAAAUAUUGAAUCAGGGUCUAAGCACAAGAUGUAAUUACCACUGUU